AUGAGUCAACAACACAAGCAACGAGAUUACUAUGAAGUGUUGGGAGUAACAAAGGAAGCCACAAAAGAAGAAAUCCGAAAAGCUUAUCGAAAACAAGCAUUAAUAUGGCAUCCCGAUAGAAAUAUUGAUAAUGUGGAGGAGGCUACUCAUCGUUUCAAAGAAAUUCAAGAUGCCUAUGAAAUAUUAUUUGAUGACCAGGAACGUGCAUGGUAUGAUGAGAAUAAACAUAUUAUUCUGAGUCGCGGAAUGGCUGCGGCUCGAUAUGGCGGUGAUGAAGAAAUGAAAGAACCCGAACAACAAAAUUUGUGGAGUUUUUUGUCAUCAUCAUGCUACACUACUUUUAAGAGCAAAGAUAAGAACAACUUUUUCGAAGUUUAUCAACGAGUAUUUGACAUCAUCUUGAAGGAAGACGAGGAAUAUAAAUCUGCAAAAGCUCCUUCUUCAUCUAACGUGAAAGGUCCUUCGUUCGGAGAUGAAAAUACACCAUACGAACAAGUGGCCAAGUUUUACACAUUUUGGUCAACCUAUAAUUCCAAGCGGUCUUUUGCUUGGAAAGACAAAUGGAGAUUAUCAGAGGCCGAGAAUAGAUAUGUGAAGAGACAAAUGGAGAAAGAAAAUGAAACGGAAAGAAACAAGGCACGAAAAGAAUAUAACGACCUUGUCAAACAUUUGGUCAAGAAAGUGAAAGCGGACGACCCUCGAGUAAAAGAAGAAAUGAAGAGAAGAAAAAAGAUCCAAGAUGAACUUGAAAAAAAGAAGGAAGAAUCCAAACUCCUUCAAGAACAAUUGAGAAAAGAAUAUCUGGCUGAGAAGGAACGAUUGAGACAGCAAUUGUUGAGCGGAGAAAUUUCUGAGGAUGACGAAGUGCUUAAUGAAGUUUUUUCUGAUGAGGAAGAAUUUAAUCAGAUACAUGAUGCUCUCGACGAAGCAGAGGAUGUCUUUGACAAUUUUUAUGCCGCCAGCAGCAAAAAAGGAGGAAAGAAAAAGAAAGGAGCUAAUAUUCAUGAGGAUGAAGAAGAGGAAGAAACACAUGUGACAGAAAUAACAAAAGCGCAAGAAGAAGCUCCUUCUGAACACAGUCCUUUAGAAGAAAGGAAAGCAGAAGACUCAGCAGAGGACAAGGAAGAGGAAAACCCAAAGAAAAAGAAGAAGGAAAAGAAAAAAAAGAAGUUGCAAAAAGGUGUUAUUUAUUUAGAUAGUGAGCAAAUAGAAAUGCUACGAGAAAGUAUGGAACAAGUUAAAUUAUCAAAAAGCAAAAAGCCAACAACCAAGAAAAAGAAUAAUGAAGAGGAAGAAGAAGAAGAAACCAAAUCGAGCAAACAAAAAGGUAACAAGAAGCAAUCAAAAAUUGAAAAUAAUGUACAGUCAACAAAUAACACAGCCUCCAAAUCUAAACAGCAGAAACAACAAAAUGGCUCAGCAUCUCAACAACCAGAGGUUGCAUCCUCCUCACAUGUUUCGUCAUCGCCGACAACUCUUCCUCAAUCAAUUACUGAACCAUCUGCUGUUGUUGACAGUUUGGAAAGCAAAUCGACUGCAGAAGAAAUUGAGGAAGAAGCUGCAUUUGCUGACAAUGAUACCACACCUACAGGAGAAGCCUCAUCCUCAACCACAGAUACAACUGAAUCAAAGAAAAAGAAACGAAGGAAUAAGGAAAAAAAGAAAGAGAAAGAACCUUCUCUGAGCUGUAAUGUUUGCGGAGAAACAUUCCCAACCAGAAAUUCUCUAUUCACACAUAUCAAAAAAGAAGGCCAUGCCUUACACAAAUAA